AUGUCAUCUAAGCCACAAGCAAGAAUUAUGACGACGUUCCAAAUUGUUAUCAGGUAUGGAUCCACAGUUUAUGUCUUAAUCUCAAUUCUUUGCGUGGCACUUAUGACUGGAUUACUCUGUAUUGCACCAAACAAUGAUUCAAAGACAUAUGAAUUACCUCGAUAUUUAGUGCGACCUAUCGUAAAACCAAUACGAGUGCACUACCACAAUCGUCCGCCAUGGAUUAAUUUAGAUAUAUUUUCCAGUUGUGAUCACAAAUGUUAUCUGACAGCUGGUGGUAGAAUUCCAAACAGUGGCGUUACUAUAUUCCAUACACCAUACGUAAACGAAAGGCACACUUCAAAGAAAAAAGGACAAAUUUGGGUUUUUCACUCAAUGGAGCCACCAUGGUUACAUAGGAGCAAAUUUGAAAAAUGGAAACUGGAGUUUAAUUGGACAAUGAGCUACAGAAGAGAUUCGGAUAUUAUGAUACCAUAUGGAAAAUUUAAAACAAGAGAGGUUGAGCAAAGCACUUGGGAUAAUGAAACAAAUCAGUUAACAGAAAAAUGGCAGCAGAAAUCUAAACAUAUAGCAUGGAUGGUUUCGCACUGUGGAACGCCUGGAAAGCGAGAUGAAUACGUAAGCAUGCUAAACCAGAUAACACCAGUCGAUAUAUACGGGAGGUGUGGCAAAAAGAAAUGUAUUCAAUCUAAAACAAUGGAGUGUUUAGAACCGUAUAAAUUUUAUCUCUCAUUUGAAAACCAUUUCUGCGAAGAUUACAUAACGGAAAAGAGUUUCAAAGUAUACAACUCUUUGUUAAGUCCCAUACCAAUAACACGUGGAGGUUCAAAUUAUUCCAUGUUCCUUCCGCCCGGAUCUUUUAUAGACGUGUCCAAAUUCAGAAAUGUUUCCCAUCUUGAAAAUUACAUUAAUUCUUUAUCACAGAACAUUUCAAACGUUAUGGAAUAUAUGAGAUGGAGAAAACAUUAUCAGCUUGUUACAGACUACACCCAUGCAUUCUGUGAACUUUGUCGGAGACUCCAUCUGGCUGAUCCUCAUAAGUACAAACGACUUUAUAGGGAUAUUGGUGACUGGAAUCGGGGAGACAAGGAUAAAAUAAAACGGACAAGUUGCAAGGACCCUCAAGACCUGGUAUGA